AUGGGUGUAAAGAAAUUCGUGAAGAAGGGUUUAGGAGAAAUGGGGUUCAACGCCGGCGGUGGAGUUAUCAAUUGGUUCACCUGUCACAUGGCCGCAGCCUCCCGCGCCAUUCGCGAUCGACUCAAGCAAGCUGACCUUGUCGUUGAGGUCCGCGACGCUCGAAUUCCCCUGUCGUCUGCCAACCAGAACCUUCAAUCUCACCUCUUCGCGAAACGACGCGUUAUUGCUCUCAAUAAGCAGGACCUUUCCAAUCCAAAUAUCAUUCCGAAAUGGGUUCGUCAUUUUGAAUUGUUCCAACAAGAUUGUAUUCCCAUAAAUGCACACAGUAAGACUUCUGUUAGGAAGCUUCUUGAGCUUGUGGAGUUUAAAUUGAAGGAAGCGAUUUUGAAAGAGCCAACUUUGCUUGUUAUGGUUGUUGGGGUUCCUAAUGUUGGAAAAUCUGCUUUGAUUAAUUCCAUUCAUCAAAUUGCGUCGUCUUACUUUCCUGCGCAAGGGAAGAAUAAGAGAGCAACAGUAGGUCCUCUGCCUGGUGUUACUCAAGAUAUUGCUGGUUUCAAAAUUGCUCAUCAGCCGAGCAUAUAUGUACUGGACACUCCAGGUGUACUGGUUCCAAGUAUCCCAAAUAUAGAGACAGGACUAAAGCUUGCUCUUGCAGGGUUUGUGAAAGAUUCAGUGGUUGGAGAAGAGCGUAUUGCCGAGUACUUACUUGCAGUUUUAAAUACCCGAGGGACUCCUUUUCAUUGGAAGCACUGGAACAAUAGGAGAGCAAAAGGAAUUCGAUAUGAUUUUGCUGAAAUAGUGGAACACAGUCUUAAAGAUCUUCGAUCAAGGAGAAAACCACAGGAUAAGUCUAGUGUUCUAUACAUUGAGAUAAUUGAAAGAAGCUUGCCUAAAAAGCAAAAGGUGAAGAAAGAUGCUUCUGUGAUUGAGAGGGAGGAAAUGGAGAAAAUUGGAAAAGUAUGGGUCAAUAUUAUAAGAAGAGACAUGCCAAAGCAUCAUAGGAAUUUUACAGCUUUUCAUAGGAAGCAACUAAUUGAUGCCAAAAGGGUGAAAUUGAAAGUGAGUAGAUCACUUAAAUUGAUGAAGGGUGCUCCGAUUCGCACAAGGAAGAUAGCUAGGGACAUGCUGCUUUUCUGGAAGAGAGUGGAUAAGGAGAUGAUUAACAAUAGACAUUUUAUUGAUUUGGAAGAAGGUUUAAUGAAUGAAGUUAUUCCUGUGAAGUGUACGUUAGUGGUCAUGUUGCUGAGUAUAAGAUGGAAGACAUUGCUUAGUUUUAAUUGCCGAAAUAGGCUUCUGCUUACUGGCACUCCAAUCCAAAAUAAUAUGGCAGAGUUGUGGGCCUUACUACAUUUCAUUAUGCCAACCUUAUUUGAUAGUCACGAACAGUUUAAUGACUGGUUUUCUAAAGGAAUUGAGAGCCAUGCAGAACAUGGUGGUACUUUGAAUGAGCACUAG